AUGGCUUUCGGCACCCUUUUCACCCAUUCUGACAACCCCCGCUCCCUCGCCAUCAAGGCGGUCGCCAAGGCCAACAACCUCGACCUCAAGAUCUCCGAGGUUGAGUUUGGCAAGCCCACUGCUGAGCACCUGAAAGCCAGCGGACUUGGCAAGAUCCCUGCUUUCGUUGGCGAGGAUGGCUUUACUCUCUCAGAGGCGAUCGCCGUCGCCAUUUAUAUCACCUCCCAGAAUGAGAAGACCACCCUCCUUGGCAAGACCAAGCAGGACUAUGCUUCCAUCCUGAAAUGGAUGUCCUUCUUCAACCACGAGCUCGCCCAGGCUUUCGGCGACUGGUUCCGACCGCUUCUUGGCAAAGCUCCCUACAAUAAGAAGAAUGUCGAGGAUGCCGCCAAGGCCGUUGCCAAGGCCGUCGACGUCGUCGAGAAGCACUUGCUCAACAACACGUUCCUUGUUGGCGAGCGCAUCACUCUCGCUGACCUGUUCUGCGCCCCUCUUCUCAACCGCGGCUUCCAGUACUUCUUUGACAAGCAGUGGCGCCAGCAACACCCCAACACCACCCGUUGGUACGAGACUGUUGUCAACCAGCCCAUCAUCACUGCCGUUGCCAAGCCGCUUCCUCCCCUGGAGAAGCCAGCCUUGACCAACGUCCCUCCCAAAAAGCCCGAAGCUCCCAAGCCGGCCCCCAAGGCUGCUGCUGCCCAGGCCGCAGCCGACGCCGAGGACGAUGAGCCUGCCCCUGCUCCCAAGCCCAAGCACCCCAUUGACCUUUUGCCCCGCGCCACCUUCCCCCUGGAUGAGUUGAAGCGCAACUACUCCAAUGCCAGGACUGCCGACACCAUCCCGGAGACCAUGAAAUGGGUCUGGGAGACGGUUCCUUUUGAGGAGUACUCCAUCUGGCGUGCGGACUACAACUACAACGAUGAACUCAGGAUGACUUUCAUGUCAAAGAACCUCAUCGGUGGCUUCAAUGAGCGAAUGGAAGCCUCCCGCAAAUACGUUUUCGGAGUGGCUUCAGUCUACGGCAAAGACUUCGACUCCGUCAUCCAGGGCGCCUUCAUCAUCCGUGGCCAGGAGUUCGAGCCUGUCUUCAACGUCGCUCCCGACUACGAGCAGUACACCUUCAAGAAACUCGACCCUAAGAACGCCGAGGACCGUGCUUUCGUUGAGCUGCAAUGGGACUGCGGCAAGCCAAUCACCGUCAACGGCAAGGAGUACGAGCACGCCGGCGACAAGGUCUUUAAAUAA